UCUUCGCGUGAUAUUGCAAACCCCCGCAGCGGUUAUUCCGGCUACUUCGGCUUCUGCUGCUGCAGAGCAUAAAGUAGGGCCUGGAAAUAACUUUUUACAUUCUAUGUUCAAUCAAAUUGAUGUGUACUUCAAUCAAAAGCUUGUGUCGCCUCCGAACAAUGCUUACGCGUAUCGAGCCUAUUUCGAGACAUUGUUGAAUUAUUCUUCAGAGGUAAAACCCUCUCAUCUCACCACCUGUUUAUGGGAUAGCGAUCCUCCGGGGCUGAUGGAUGAUGGCUUCGAUGCUCCAACUGAGAACCCCGCUCUCGAUAAAUUCUUGAUUAAUGGCGUGGAAAUGCGCCUAAGACUCAUCCGCUCGAAGGAUUAUUUCUGUCUCAUGGAAUCUACGCCACAGACAAGAGUUCGUAUUGUAGACGCCACCUUGAUCAUGAGGAGAGCAAAACUAAGCGCUGGAGUUGUAUUAGCUCACGUUAAAAAGCUGAGCAAAACCACUGCAAAGUAUCUUCUCACGAGAGUUGAAGUUAAAUCGUUUACAAUCCAUAGAGGAGUGGUGAGGGAAUCAAUUGACAACGCCAUACUCGGGCAACUGACAAAGCGAGUGAUAAUCGGUUUUGUCGAAAAUAAGGCGUUUACCGGCGAUAAUAAACUUAAUCCGUUUAAUUUUAAAAACUUUAAUAUAAAUUUCCUGUCGCUUUACAUCGAUGGAAUGCAAGUUCCUACUAGACCGUUACAACCUUCUAUUUCAAGAGACUCUCCUUUCUACAUCGAGGCUUUUCAUACUCUUUUCUCAGAAACGGGUAUUCAUUUUCUAAACGAAGUGUUCUGGAAAUCGAUGCGACACCUGCAAAUAUCUGGACACACGGGAGUUUAUCCAGCCGACAGAUUGCUCAGGGUGUGGACGAAGUGGACAGCAAUCGUCGCUAACACAGACAAUCCCAAACAACCAGGAACCCACUGA